AUGCGCCUCCGACACGCCUCUCAGUUCUUCCUUGCCUUCUACCUCUUCCUACACCCAUCCUGCGUAACGGCAGAGUCUCAGUGUGCCAUAGAUCCGAACUCGAUCGUUUCCGAUGCCUGCACAUCUUAUUCAGAUCUCGAAAGACUCCACGCCCAACUAGAACCGGCGCUGGACGAUUUAACGCAACAAACGGACUUUUUCGCCUACUAUCGAUUAAACUUGUACAAUAAAGCCUGUCCCUUCUGGAAUGAUGAGAACUCCAUGUGCGGCAACCGUGCGUGCGCCGUGGACACCAUAGAAGAUGAAAGUGCCAUCCCGCCGAUAUGGCGAGCAGAAGAGCUGAGUAAACUGGAAGGGGCGCGGGCGAAACACCCUGGGCGAGCGCAGCGGCGAGAAAGGCCGAGCAACAGGCCUCUGCAAUAUCAGCUAGGCGAGAACGUGGACGAGAGCUGCGUGGUGGAAGAGGACGACGAAUGUGACGAGAGGGACUACUGCAUCCCUGAUGACGAGGGUGCCGCCGGUAAGGGGGACUAUGUGAGCUUGGUCAACAACACCGAAAGGUACACUGGUUACUCCGGCAUGGGUGCCCGGCAGGUCUGGGACGCCAUAUACAAGGAAAACUGCUUUUCAGCGAAGUCGCCUCGUGGAUCACUGCGGUCCAAGACAUUGCAGGCGGCGCAGAAUCUGAAGAAUGUGUUUCAAGAGUAUGGACGACAGCACGUGGACGAUGGAGAGGAUCUAUACCCGCUGGACGAUGAGUGUCUGGAGCAACGUGCCUUCUACCGCAUCGUCAGUGGAAUGCAUGCCUCGAUCUCGACCCAUCUGUGCUGGGAGUACUUCAACCAGACCACCGGAACCUGGUUCCACAACGUCGAUUGCUACAAAGAGCGGCUGCAUACCCACCCGGAGCGCGUAUCCAACAUCUAUUUCAACUACGCCCUCCUCACGCGAGCGGUUGCCAAGGCACGAAAGCAUCUUGAAUCGUAUACGUUCUGCUCGGGGGAUCCGGAGCAGGACUUCGAAACAAAGCAAAAAGUCCUAGCGCUGGCCGACAAAGCGGCGGCAGGACCACAUACCUUUGAUGAGAGUGUGAUGUUCCAGGACCCAGGUGUCAUGGAUCUCAAGGAGGAUUUCCGGAACCGGUUCAGGAACGUGUCGAGACUGAUGGACUGUGUGGGUUGUGACAAGUGUCGGCUCUGGGGCAAAGUUCAGACAGCGGGCUACGGUGCCGCGCUGAAGAUCUUGUUCGAGUUCGACGAGGACAAGAAUGGCGAGAAUCCGCACCUGCGACGAACAGAGCUCGUGGCACUUGUCAAUACUCUUGCCCGUGUCAGCCACAGUGUGGAUGCGAUUCAGAAGUUCCGUGUCGCUGUCAACACCGGCGACCUCAGCGUGCUGGAUGUACAGGGACCUCUCCCCGUCACCGGAGACUCUCAGGCUCAGGCGGAGGCUCAUGAGCAAGGAACAACGUCUGCAGAGGAUACACUAGACUUUGAGUUUCUGGACGAUGACGAUCUAGACGAGCAGCCAACCUCGUUGCCGCAGCGAACAUUUUCGGAGGAAUUCUGGAUGGAAUGGGACCUGGUCUGGCGGACGUACCGGAUGGUUCUGCGAAGCUGGAUCGAGAUGCCGUUCAAGCUGUUCGCCAUUUUUGUCAUGGAGAUGAACCGGCUGUGGAACUACUGGUUGGGAAUCCCUGUUCCUGACCGAUCCUGGGAUUUCCAUUUUCCGAGCAGAGAUGAAUUGUAA